AUGGGUGUUCCACAAGAUCACUUGUUAGUUUUUCCUUGCAAUAUUGAUUUGCUUCAUCAAUAUGCCUGUUCUGGCCUGUACUCACCCAUGGACUUCAUAGGUAAAGAGAGUUUAAAAAAAAAGCUGGAAAAACUGAAUUUGGAAGAUAGUACUGACUGUUCUGAUCUCUGGAAGCAAUUAACAGAGGAAGAAAUGAAGGAAUUUGAGACAAUGGUUGAAAAGUGUGAAUUUGGAAAGUUUGUUUUAAUGUGGGAACCGUGGUGGAAUAAAAAAGUAAAAGAAAAUUUGAUAGAGGAAGUAGGAGAUAGAAUGGUGAAUUAUUUAAGUCCCAAAAUUCUGGAUAUGAAAGCUGCAUCAAAAGUGUCUCACCUGACUAAAAGAAAACCUUCAGACUGUGUGAAAUAUGACUUAUUAAACUUGUUAUUUGGUUAUGUAUUCAUUUGUCGUCUAUAUAAUGGAGAUCAUGAAGAAUUUCCCUCUGAAUCGGUGGAGUUUAUUAUGAAACUUUCACCUGUGUUAGAAGGGAAAAACUUUGGAAAUGUUGGUGAAGCUAUUUUCUAUACAAUUCAAAAGUUGACAGAAAAGAAUUCUGAGUUUACUAUACCCUGGAUAACUGCAGUUUCUGCUAUAGAAGAUGUUCAGAAAAUUAUGGAAGGACCAAAUAAAUUGCCAACAGUUCAGUAUGUUCUUCAUGCUCUUGGUGACAUUAAGAAACUUUUCCAGACAACACAACUACAACUGAAAAUGGAGAAGAGUGGAAGGAUAACAACUUCUCAAUACAGAAGGACUCUGAAAAUGUCUAUAAAGAAAAUAGAAUAUUAUUUAUGUUGGGCUACAGAAUAUGGAUGUGCUCUUACUGACUUACUACCUGAAAUUGUUCAAGAAAAAUUGUCAGCUUUGGCCUACACAUCAUUUCAUGAACUUAAAGUUGACAGCAGGAAGGAACAGCCAAAAGAAACGAAACUUAUUGAAGAAGUGUCUUGAUUUUAGUAGAUUUUUUCCUCUGCAUUAUAUCUAUUUUGUACGAAAUUUAUAAAUAAUAAAUUCAUAUACUGUUGUGUAACUUUAAAUGUGUAAA